AUGGAAAUUAAACCUGAAAAUAGACCUAGUACUCGUUAAACUUCAAGUCCAAUAAAAAUUUGCAAUAUCUAAAAUUUUUGUAUUUUAAUCAAUAAUUUAAGGAUUAGACAUAAAUAAUAAAAGAAAAGAAAUAAUUAGAUCUUAUGCAUAGAGAAUUAGUUGAUCCAUAGGAUAUUAGUUAAAUAGAAGAAUAAUUGAGAAAUUAAAGGGAAAACAAAAAAAGAAGAACUCUCAAGAAUAGAAGCUGA